AUUGUUUUGUUUCAUGCCUGAUUGAAUAAUGUAGUGUAGCAAAUAGUAAAGAUCGUAUAGCGCCGCUGUGUACUACUACACGCAGAGUCGAGUCGGGCAACGAAAGGAUGGCGAGGACGAAUGAUUGAUAGCAUGGAACGGAGAGAUUUUAAUGAUCAAAAGAACACACAGGUUGACAAGGAAUCCAAGAAAGUACGCAAGCGAUGGUCUUUGAUACCAAACAAACUUGGAAGGUCAAAAUCGUUCAGGAAAGAGGGCAGUAAAAAUGGCAGCGCCAAAGUGGAAUAUGAUGUCGCUCUUCGUCGUGGAGCGUCUGAACACAGAGGAAGAACUAAGAACAAACAGAAACAAAUUAUAUCAAUCAGCAGUCCCACGGUUGAGCUUUCAACAAUUGAUAUUACUGAUGAAAAUUCUAUAUAUUCUUCAGUGAAUAGAAAACCUGAUGUGCAGUUGGCAGCCUUGGAGUUAUUUAAUGAUAUGAUGACCCAGGGUGUUGCAGUUGAUGUCUGGUUGAGAACGUUGGAACUUGAGGAAUAUGUCAGCCUCUUCAAGCCUAAUACAACCGUUGAUAGUUUGUUACACCUGACUGAGAAGGAUCUGUUGGAUCUUGGUGUGAAAAGUCCUGUCCAUCGUGCUCGGAUUGCAUCUAAUCUUGUCCUCAUUCGGCAGAAGUGCGCCAGAUACAACACUGGGGGUAUAUGGUCUCGGUUUUCUUCUUAUGUUAAAAGUUUUUACAACAAUGAGAACCGAAGAACUGAGAUUCGUAAAUCAUAUAAAGCUGGCCAUAUUGGGACACUUCCACGGAAAAAAUCACAGGCAGCACACAUUAAUAAAACCAAUCGGUACAGCAUUCAAGAAGAAUCAUCAAAAUUUUAUAGACCAACUCCCAGCAAAAUGGAUUCUCGGCAAAAUGAGCCCACGCCUGAUCAACUAAAAAAGGAUCUUGAGAUGGAGUUGAACCUACCUCAUGAUGACAUACGAAGCCAUGCAUGGUUUCACGGUGGCAUUAGCAGAGAAAUUGCAGUGAAAAGUCUCAAACAGGAUGGGGAGUUCCUUGUGAGAGACUCAAUCUCCAAACAAGGCAGUUAUGUAUUAGGUGUGAUGUGGCAUAAUGAAGUACUUCAUUAUGUUAUUAAUAAGACUAUUCAACAGGAAUAUACACCAUAUGCCAAGAUACAAUAUCAACUGGAGAAUAAUGUUUUUGAUUCCGUCCCAGCACUCAUCAUGUUUUAUCAUGGAAAAAAACCAAUAUCACGGACAUCAAAUGCAAUCAUUCGGAUGCCUGUCAAUCGGACAUUACCUCUUAGUUACACAGAUAGUAAAUAUGCUGAAACAAAUCUUAAACAGACUGAUGCACCUGUGUAUGGACCACUUCCAACUAAGGUCAUCACGCCACGUAUGAGUGACCUUCCAGAGAGGUUCCAGCUUCAUAAGCAGUUAUCAAAAGAUGAGUCUGAGACCUAUUAUGACACACCAAUUGGAAGUCGGUCAAAAAUUAUAGAUCCUCCAAACCAGGAUUUAUAUAGCUACCCCAACAAAACAAGAACAUGUGAAAUCAUGAGUCCAAAGGAAAUGGAUGCAAACAACUCUGAUAUUAAAACAGAUCAAAAUUUUUCUUACUUGCACGAAAAACCAGUCCGGGAUGAUGGCAUCACAGAUCACAGCAAUAUAGAAAAGUUGAAAGAUGAUUCAAGUCAACUUGUUUAUGAAUCAUUUUCCAGAAAUAGGUUCCUCUCUGAAACUGGUGAGCCAGACUCUGAGGCACAAGAACCACUGACGGUCCAUCCCACAGGCAUAGUGCAACACCCAAGACUACCGACCAAUCAAAUGUGUUCUCAAUUCCAUCCAUCAGAUUUCAAAUGCAAUAUCUUGCCAGAAAACCAUAGAAUUCUAGAUAUUCAAGUGUUGAGUAAAGUUCAAGACUUUCUCAUUAAUGUCAAUCCUUCUAUUUUAGCGCAGCAUAUUCUAAGCUUAGAUGUCGAGUUACUUCAGAUGUUAUCUAUACCAGAUGGAUGUUUAUCAGGCCUGGAGCUUCUAACUCUUCCCCAAGGAUGCUAUUUAAGGAAUGACCUGCAAGAAAGAAUGAAUUGCCUCAGGUUAUGGUGUGCAGUAACUAUUGUGUACUGUAUGGAGAUAGAGAAGAGAGUUAAUCUAUUACAUGCUUGGAUCCAGGUUGCAGAAGCAACAAUAUUUAAAAUGGGUGACUUGUUUGCUUUUGAAGCAAUCAUGGAAGGCCUAGCUUCUAAACAGGUUCGAGAUUUGCGAUUGACUUGGGAACUUUUAAGGAAAUCGUAUACAAGCAGUGCUCUACUCCAUGAUACUAAACUCCGUUCUCAUUUCAAGGAACAUCAACAGGGGAAGACUGUGUUAACUUUAUCUCAGACCAGUAUUCCAGCCAUAAUGCCUAUUGUCCAACUCCUAGAAAUGGACUGGACAUCUCUUACCAGCAGGGACUGGCAUCAACCAAUCAACAAAGAGGUCACAGAUAAUCUGCCUAAAGAUGGAUUGUGGGUAGAUUCUACAGAUAGCUUUGGUUUAGAGGUGUUUAAACGUCAUCUGUCUUUAGUUCGUAACAUAAUCAGCAAAACAACAACAUACCAACUUAAUGCGAACUCCAAGUUACAGAGCUUCAUGCCCGAGAAGGACAUUCUUGACAGCUUUCGUACAGAGCUACACAUGGUCAUUUUGUGGGGUCAAAAGGGUUUACACAGUAAUGGAAAAGACCGCGUCAUGAAAUAUGAACAGAUGCUGAAUUUGCUUGCAACUAAAGCUGAGCCAAGUAUCUGAGAUAACAUCAACAUAUUUUACCAAUGACCUAAACUUCUAGCGAUGAUGAAGUGUUAUUUUAUAACAUUUUAAUUACGACUGACUUUCUCAGAAAUUUAUUAUCCUACAUUUUCAUGUGCUUAGCAAGAUUAUAAAAAAAUAAUUCACUUUUGUACAAUACGAUACAAUAAUUUAUCACAACUGUAUAAAUACAAAAUUGUCAGUUUUGAGAUUGAUUCUCUUACAUACUAUUAUAUAUUAAUGAAUGAUUCUUUAUCCAGUAAUAGGACUUUUUCAAUCUAUGUGACUUUGUUACUCUUUGGUUUGGCAAGUCAUGCUGAUAUGAACAUAACAAAAGUAUGAUCUGUGGCAUUAGAGCGCUUCCUGCUUUUGUAUAUUGCUAUACUGUAAACCUUGAAUAGAAGCACUGGGCUUCUGUUUUUCAGGUGCCUUGGAUGGGCUUCCCUUUGAGAUGGGCCUUUUUUCAAGAUGGGCUUCUUUUCAAGAUUACUUUUUCAAACUAAAGAGGAGGACUUCUUUUCGAAAUGAAUGCUGUAAAUUUUGGAAUUGCUACUAUACAAUAUUUUUCAACUGUGGAAUUCAAAAUAUUUUAAAAUUUUAACCAUGCUAGUGCAAUGAAAUAAUAUGGGUACCGACACGCUAUUAUAAUUAUCAAAGAUAACGUCAAUAUCAAUGUAAGUACUAUCUUGAAAGAAGCCCCAUACUAUCUUUAUCCAUGGGCUUCUUUUGCAAAUUGAAGAGGGGGCUCCUAGUCUAGAUGGGCUUCUUCUCGAUGUUAAGGUCAUGGUGCAUCUAUUUAAGGUUUUAUGGUAUAUCAACAUAGGAUAUUCAAGAGUACUGUAUAUUUGCAAGUGUAUGUAUCUGUUCUUCAUGUGUGUUGAUGUGUGUGAUAAAGCUAUUAUAGUACAUUCUUUUUUUAGAUUUAUUUUUAAACUGCAGGCCAAUGCACUUUUUUUGUCAUUGAAAUCAGUAUAUCAGGCAUUAAUAAUAAUUCAGUGAUUUGUAGAAGUGACAAAAAAAACACAUUUUAAUGCAAUCUGGCAGUUGUCCAUAAGUAAAGCUUGGUUUACACUACUAUUAUCUUAUUCCCAAAAGAAAAGUUGAGCUGCAUGAGAAUGUGAUAUUGGUAUCUAGCACCCACAGUAUGAUUUCUGUUUUUAUUGAAUGGCUGUGUGAAUGGGUUUAAGAAUCAUGUAGGCUUAAAAACACCUGCCUUCCUAUUGGUUGAGGUUAAGUUUGUCAAUACUCCUAAUAAAGCUUAGGCCAGGAGGCCUGUGGCAAUGUAGUUAUUAAACCCUUCAUUCCUCUUGAUUGGUUAUGCAGGCUAGGCCUACAGUUGCUUACUGCUUUUAUCAGCUUGGUCAAUGGUUGAAUUACAUUUUUUUAAGCAAAAGUUCUUGUGUAUGUAGUUGCAUCAUUAUUAUCAUUAUGUCGAGUGGUUCACACUGACUAGUAGUACCUGGUAGUACUGACAUAGGUGCAUUAAAAUUGCUUGCUUCAUAAUGAGUAAUCACACACAUAAUAUCCACUUUUUCUAAGCCUUUUACUUAUUUCAAAAACUAAAUUCGAGAGUGGUUUCCAGUUUAUAGUGUUAUAUAUUAUUAGGUAUAUACUGCCACUAACAACAAUAAAGAAUAAUGUUUUACAGAUGUUUGACUACCAUAUGAAAAUCAUUAAAUAUGCUACUAGAAAUUUAAGAAUAUUUCAAAAUCUUCAUUGGCAAGUAAAAAGCUUUUUAGUUUUCAGUAGAAAAAUUGAAAUAUAUGUAGUCUAAAGAAAUUUAUUUGGUAUCCGACAAGUUUGCUGAAUUCCAGAUUGCCAUCUCCACUUUGCCAAAACCCAGUUUUCCGAAUGCCAUUUUACCAACCCAAAAUUAUAAAACCCACUACCGUCUAAAACAGUUUGUUGAAUGUCAUAUUCACUGUCAUGGGUAGAAUAUAGUACAAAGAAUAGCAUGUGCUUUGGUCAUUAGAGUAUCUAGGAUUAUUGAUAUGGGGACAGUGGGGGCAGAUGGGGCCAUGAAGUUUGAGUGAGCGGGCUUGAGCCUGGCCAGCUGGUAAAAUGAGGUAAUUUUUAGCAAAAACUGCAAUAAAGCAUGUAAAUCACUGACAAAUGGUAGAAUAGUGGAAUAAGAGGUAACAAUGUAUUCAGAAGUAUAAACAUGUGACAAAGUCAUGGCAUAAAUUACAACCGAAUAGAGCGAUGGUAAAAUAGAAAAAAAGAAAGUGAUAAAAUGAAAACAGGUUGGGUAAUGGUGGCAAUUGAAAUAUGGGUGGUAGUUAGCGUACCAUUGUGAAUUUUAUUGCUGCAAUUGUUAUGUUGCUUUUAAUUCACUUUUGGCAAAAUGAGUUUCAGCAAACUGGAUUCUGCAAACUGAUCACUGGAUUUGAGUUUUUCUUUCUAUAAAAUUUCUUUGUAGAAUGAAUUAUUCAGCAAACUGGUGUUUCACAAUCGGGCCCAUUCAUUUGUUCAAGGUGGCCAUAUAUUCUUAGUUCAAAAUUCACAGAGCUGUACUAAUUCUAAAUAUAAGUGAUAGCCAACACUCUAAAAAAUUGAAUAUAUCCAUUUGCCAAGACUGUUCCAUAGUGUUUUUGGGGGCAAUAAUUUGGAUGUCUGAACUAAAAAAAUGAAACAUUUAGCAAAACCAUAUGUGACUACUAUUUUUUUUUGACAAUGAAUGAAUGAAUCUUUUUUGUUACAAUAUAGUUGAAUAUUAUUUUAGCAUAUUAUAGCAUGCUAUAUUUUUAACCGGUAUUUGUAUGAGAAGUUUAAAAUGGAACAAACUACUGGUAGUUUGAAUUUCACUGCAUACCCAUCUGCUUAAUGUAAUUACCACUCGUUUUACUCUUUUUUGAAUUAAAAGCAAAUUAGAUAAUUAGGUGAGAAGGGGAUACUGAAGUUUGAAUUAAAUUGCAAUAGUGCAAGAGCAUAA